AUGUCUUCUCUAUGUCUUCUCGCUAUUUUCUUCUUCAUUUCUACUGUGAUUGCCAAUCCAACAUUCAAGUUGACUGACGUUUUCCGAGGCAGUGAUUUCUUCGACAGGUUCAGAUGGGAGACUUUUGAUGACCCAACCCAUGGACGUGUCAAUUGUAUCGACAAAAACACGGCAGAAGCUAACAAUCUUUCCUGCACAUCGUCCCACAACUCCAAGUUUAUCAUGCGUGCGAAUGCGAAUACUGUCGUUCCACCGGACGCGAGAGGCAGAGAUAGCUCGCUCAUAAUUUUGGAUACUGGACACAUGCAAACCGGAUGCGGUACUUGGCCCGCCUUUUGGACUUUGAGCGAGGAUGGACCAUGGCCUCAGGGAGGAGAAAUCGAUAUCAUCCAAGGUGUCAGUGUGAACACUAACAAUCUCACCUCCCUCCACACCACCGAAAACUGUGCCAUGCUAGAUAUGCGUGUUCAAAGUGGCUGUAACUUCAAUCAAGGCUGCGGGACUGCAUUCACCCAGCCUAAUUCAUAUGGACCCGGUUUCAACGAAAUCCAAGGAAGGUACUUCACCAUGUCCAAGGACAACAUUAACAGUGUUCAGGUGUGGUUCUGGCCCAGAAACAGCAGCAUUGUAUCGCAGGAAGUCUGCCAGGUACCAAAUUCUGUUCCAGUCUGCACGGAGAGCUGGGGAAAUCCGGACGCGUCAUUUCCUGUCGAUCGAUACGGAUACGACUCCCACUUCUCCGGCGGUCAUAUUAUUGUCUUUGAUAUUACAUUUUGCGGCGACUGGGCAGGCACCGCUUUCGCUGCAUCGGGUGGCAUCGUGGACAACAGAACUGAUAGUUUUUCCGAAGCUUAUUGGAAGAUGAACUCUUUAUAUGUGUACGACCGCAUAACUGGUUGA